CUAAAAUUCGCCUUGCCGAGAAAAUUGAACCUACACUGCGCAGCCCCAGUAUUUAGCCUGCCAUGGUUUCUCCAUGCCCACGAGAUAACUCAUCCAUGGAUAACCUACCCGCGCUGGCACUCAAACACCACAUCGCACGCAUACUCGAACCGCGCAUCAUCCACCAAUCGCUUCGCCUCGCUCAGCCUAGCGCAGAUCGCCCGCGAAUGCAGCUUCGCCAUCCGCUCCCGGUCCUCCCCACUGCUCGUCUGCCGCCGCAUCACCCGCACACACGGCGCCUCGCCGUCGUCAUCCGAGCCACCCUCCCCCGUAGCCCACCCUUGCCCGCCAUACGCGUCCUCGCUACUGCCCGAGUCCUGCCGCUGUGCUCGCGCAGCCCCUAAUGCUGUGUAUGGCCGGUACGCAAACGCACAGGCCGACGGAGGCACCGGUGGGAGAAUAUCCUCAGUUAUUUCUUUUCGCCGUGUCAUUUCCAAAUAGUGUGAAGGCCCAAAAACAGUCUAGGAAAGGAAGGGAAAUGCGAGCA